CCCGACAUACAUCAGUCACUAAAUUUCAAUAAUAAAAGUAUGUGACUGACAAGAAAAAUAUCAAAAAGUGAAAAAUCUUCGAUGUGAUUUCUUUCAUGACCGUUCCGAGUCGAAGAAGACUAGAACCGAACCGGAGCCUGCACAAUUUCUAUUUUUUAGCCAUUUUAAUUUUACUCACAAUCAUUGGACUCGAUCAUAGUGGCGCUAAUUUAUAUUCAAAUUUCAAUAAUGGUCUCGACUUUAUAUCAAAUUUCGCGGAAAAUAAAGUGAAAGAGGAAACAUCUUUAGCUAUGGAUGAAAUUUAUGAGAGAAGUGGAAAUCUAUUGGAAAACCAAUUCAUAAAAGUUUCCGAUGGAGCAGACUCUGAGAAAAUACAAAAAGCAGAGGAAUUUACAAAAUUGAUGGAAGUUUUAGCGCCGUAUUAUAGUCUACCGGAAAACUACGACCGUGGAAAGCGUGACAGAGAAGACAUUCAAACCGAUAUCGCAGACAACUUACAAAGAGGUCGAAUGGGGCGAAACAUAGCUGAAAAAACUUUUCAAAAUCGCAACUCCUUUUUACCAGAGAGCAGCAACUUUGGAUUUAGAGAAGACAAAUGGCCUGUGAACACUGGUCUGCCGGGAGAUUCAGGAAAACAGUCAAUCAGUGUGGUGGGGCAACAUAAAGCUGUCAAUAGGAGAAUCAGAUGUCCUGUUCGAAAUAUGGCGAAGAGAAGCAAAGAUUUGAGGAGAUUACGAAAACGAUUUGACUUGCCCUUGCCAGUUUUAGAUCCCAGGCCUGUAAUGAAUAGUGCUCCAUCUUUAUAUCCUAGCAUUAUGGCAAAGACAGCCGAUCUAACGGCUCUGGCUGGUACCCCUAAACUUGAUGUAGCUGCGGGUAAUCUGCCUAAACUAGAUGCGGCCGCUCCUAAUGCACCUGCGAAUAUAAACGUAAAUGGGCUGAACACAGUACCGAACAUAGUAGGCACGGUCGGAGCAACAGAUGCAUCUUUCCCAUCUUUAAACCAAAUAAAAGAUUUGCAAAAUUUAUUGCUUCAAGCUUCACCGCGGCAUGCACCGGAUUAUAAUCCAGCUACGGAUUCCGGAUCGUUAUCACAAAAUUGUGAUCAAAAUUCUGUAUCUACGAAUGUGUCAGAAGUUCUUGAACGUGUCCUUACCGAAUUGGAAGCUAUUCGAGAAGCGAAAGUGGGCAAUUUGACAGCAGAUGGAACUCCCUGCGAUGUUGCUGGCUUCUGGAACUCUGAGAUUGCUGGAGUACGUUUCGAUAUAAGCUUACAGAAUCCCAAUGCAAACUGUUCAACUGAUAUCAAAGUUGCAGUUCGGAAGAAACGUAAAAAACGAAAAGAUAGUUUGAUGGAUACUACAUGGACCUGCACGGGAAGUACCAUUAAGCCUAAAGGUGGACCAUUUUCUUUAGUAGCGCAAAAGAAGGGAAGCAAUGUGUUAGCAACUUUUACAGGAUUUUGUGCAAAGUGUGGCGGAUGUGAUAUCAUCUUUGGAUCCUGGACUUUUGUCUAUCCGUGCAAAAAUUGCACAGAAAUAUCGCUAGCAAUUGAAACCAAAAGAGAUAUUUUUCGGCGUGACAUGGAUGAGGAAAAGAAAGCCAAGGAAAAGCUUGAGCCAAAGGAGAAGAAACCUUCUUGUUUACGUGAAGAUAUUAAUGGAGACAAACAAAGGAACGAUGAUGCCAUGGAGAAUAUUUAUCAAGAUGAUUUUAAUGCUGAUUCAUUUUAUUAACACUCCUAAGUAGAUGGUUUAUUUUG